AAAGUGUAUACAGAAGGAGUUUUAACAAAGAGAGCUGGAGAGGAUAUAAUUGCUCAAUGUGAGGCUGAUCAGCAGAUUGCUUGUGAAGAGCAUCAAGGUGGAGAGAAACCAGGCCUUAGCUGCCAUGCUCUGGUGCGCUGCACAAAGUGCAGAGAGCCUGGGCACAACUCAUGUAUGUGUAAAAAGAAUACUGUAGAUACUGCUUAA